AUGUUUUUUCCUUUCCUAGACUGUAUCCUUUUACACAAGGUCGCAUUGUGUGAUUGCCAGUACAGUUGCUUCAAGAUUGAAACAGUCUCGUCCAUCCUGUUUGAUAAAAUGUCGGCACCAGCAUCCAUUCCCUGUGGUUCCAAGAGUGUGCGAGGCAACGACAACGGUGUCGACAGGCUCAGCAGCCUGUCCGACGAUCUGCUCCACCACGUGAUGUCCUUCCUGCCGACGCCGGAGGUCGUGCGCACAAGUCUUCUCUCACCAAGGUGGCGCAAUCUCUGGAGCUCUGUUCCAUUUAUCCACAUCAACAACAAAGACUUCGUGGUUAAAAAUGAUGUGGGCAUUGCUUGCUUUGAUAACCACAAGCUGGAGAACUUCGUGGACCACUUGCUGCUCUUGCGUGACGGCACUGUUUCCUUGGAUGAGGUCCGGGUCGUCAUCACGACUCGCAGUAGUAAGAAGAGUUCUGUGUGGAUUCGUCAUGCCAUCAAGCACAAAGUUCGUCUCCUUCAUAUUUCUGGAUUUCACCACCAUCUGAUUUUGGAUAGCACAGCAAUGUUUCCUUCUCUGUACCUCAAAAGAAUCAGGCUCUGGUAUGUCCGUUUGAACGAUUGGUUCGAUAAGCCGCUGAAUUAUGACUGGCCUGUGCUCGAACAUCUAGAGUUGGAGUGUUGCAUUCUCGAUACAAGGAGGAUCUCAUCGAGCUCACUCAAGGUUCUACAUAUCAUCGACUGCAUCAUUGGCAAUGAUCUCCUGAUUGGUGCUAGGAAGCUUACCCAUCUCUCUGUCAUUGACCCAGAAUGUCGUCGUGGUGCUAUAGUUACCUGGGAUCUGUCUUCUCUAGUGUCAGCUUCGCUUAGUCUAGGGUCUGAGUUUCAUUAUGAUGAUAACACAGAAGUAGAUCAUCAUCUACUUGAUGGCCUUUCACAUGCCACAACAUUGGAGUUGCAUGCACCGUUACCUGAGCUCACAUUCGAGAGGGGUUUGCAAGCAUGCCCGAUGUUCAGCAAUCUGACGAGCUUGGUGCUGGGUGAUUGGUGCAUGGCUGCUGACUUCUACCCACUGUUCCGUAUUGUCCAUCGCUCGCCCAUGCUGAAAGAGCUAACUGUUAAGCUCAAGAUGGAGCACUGUGAAACACGCAAGGAGGUUGAAUCUGCUUCAUUACCAUCAAGGCGAGCACCGGCAAUCAGGGGCUAUCCUCGUAUCGAGAGAAUCAAGAUAUGCUGCAGCAAAGAUGAUCCUAGGAUCGGUACGUUGGUGCAGGCGCUGCUACCGAUCUUCAUCCCAGACGGGAAAAUCAAUAUCGAGGGUUACUAA